GAAGAGGACAGGCUCACGUGAGCAACUAUGGCCGGGCAGCGCUUUCUGGUACCCCGGCUCCAGGGCGUUUCGCAGGAGCAGUUCACGGAGCAUCUCUACCCGCAGGUGAGGUCCUCCCGCGGGGUUGAACCGCGAGAAGCCCACCACUCGAGCGGAUCCGAACCGGUUUCUUGCGACCCAUGGUGUAGGGAGGAGGCGGCUCUCGGCUGAAGAUGGCUGGUUGCCUCUGCUACCAAACGAGAGGGCACGUGGGGGAUGCUGACCUGCUCAUCUCUUAAAUUUUCAAAAGAGAACCUCUCCACGGUUCUGGGAAGAAGGCUAACGACAGAGAGCUGGAGAAAACCUCUAGUGUUGGAAGGAAUUGAUUUGGGGGCAUGUACAAGCAAAUGGACAGUGGAUUACCUAAGCCAAGUCGGAGGGAGGAAAGAAGUGAAGAUUCAUGUUGCUGCUGUUGCCCAGAUGGACUUCAUUAGUAAGAACUUUGUAUAUAGAACUUUACCUUUCGACAAAUUGGUUCAGAGGGCAGCUGAAGAAAAGCAUAAGGAGUUCUUUAUUUCAGAGGAUGAGAAGUACUACCUACGAUCACUUGGGGAAGACCCUAGAAAGGAUGUUGCAGAUAUCAGAAAGCAGUUUCCUUUACUGGAAGGAGAUAUUAAGUUUCCAAAAUUCUUCAAAGAAGAACAGUUCUUUUCCAGUGUUUUUCGAAUUAGCUCACCAGGGUUACAACUUUGGACCCACUAUGAUGUAAUGGAUAACUUCUUAAUACAAGUGACGGGAAAAAAGCGUGUCGUACUCUUCAGUCCUCGAGAUGCUCAGUAUUUGUAUCUAUCAGGUUCUAAAUCAGAAGUACUGAACAUAGAUAACCCAGACUUAGCUAAAUAUCCACUGUUUUCCAAGGCCAGAUGGUAUGAAUGUUCCCUUAAAGCUGGAGAUGUAUUAUUCAUUCCUGCUUUAUGGUUUCAUAAUGUAGUUUCUGAAGAGUUUGGUGUGGGAGUGAAUGUCUUUUGGAAGCACCUUCCAUCUGAAUGUUAUGAUAAAACAGAUACCUAUGGAAACAAAGAUCCUAUAGCAGCAUCAAGAGCUGCACAAAUUUUGGACAGAGCCUUAAAAACCCUGGGUGAAUUACCAGAGGAAUACAGAGACUUCUAUGCACGGCGAAUGGUAUUACAUAUUCAAGACAAAGCCUAUAGCAAAAACUUUGAAUAAAUAAUUAAGUGAA